GCGGCGGGGGCGCGCCCUUGCAGAGGGGCUUGGUGCGCAUGCCCGCGGGGGCGGGAUUCGCGGGGGCGCGCGCGGGCCGCGGGCCCGAGGCCUGGACUCCUGCGAGUGGUCAGAUGCGUCCGCGUCGCGGAAGGUCGGUCCCCUGUGCACGCGCGGCGGCCUAGGAGGUGGAAGCGGACUGCAGAGAGGCCUCACGGGCUGGCCAGCAGCCCGGGCCGCGUGAGUCACCAGGCCCCUCCUUUCCGCCUUGGGCCGGAACGGGGUGCGGAGCCGCUGCGCGGCUGGCCGGAGAGUGACGCCGAGCUGAAGCCGCCGAGACGCUGGGGGAAUCCAGACUCAUCCCGAAUCGGGCUGUUGAGGAACCGGAAAGCAAGAAGCCUCAGGACUGGACGGAGUCCCUGACCCCACUGGUCUUUACUUGGCACAAGGGUUUAAUUUGUUCUAGUCAACUAUUCAGCGAUGUUGAGCAAAAAAAGAUUCUCUGGCCUGCAGCAUGAUUUUGGCUUGAUGUGAAAAGAUUAAGUUGUAGUGUGGGCGAAGACAAAACCUGCUGAUACAGUUCAUCCUGUUUUAUAAGUCUUUGACCCAUUCAUCAGACUCUGACCACUCCAAAGAUAAAGACUGUGAUGUAUUAGUCUUUCUGACUGGUGGCCUUCUGCAGAUUGAGAAACUGUGUAAUGAUUAACUGUGGUAAUGGAUAUGUACUUGCUGGUUUCACCAGAUUCUAGGCUAAUGGGAAGAAACCAUUAGAGAAGAAUACCCCAAGGUCCAUGAGAGGAGAGUUUGUUAUCAAUUUAUCAAUGGUUACUUUUAUGUCUUGACUUGCUAUUUUGAGCCUUGUAUGUUGGUUUUGACGAGUUCAGAGGAGGACUGAGAAUCUAUGGAUAUUUAAAGAAAUUAUGAGUCAAGGAUCUCAAGUUCACAUUUUUUGGGGUGCUCCAGUUGCUCCAUUGAAAACAACAGUAUCACAGGGAACAACUUCCUUAAUGUCCACUGCCAAUGCCUGGGAAAAAGUCCGACUCUUUUACAAACAGCAUUCUUUGUAUCUGAAGGCUGGAAAUCAGGAGUUUAAAAAUCUGGAAGAUUGUCAAGUCUCCAAAGGUCUCUGCCCUCCAGGCCUUCUUAGUGGUCAGAAUUCUGUGAGUAGGUCUGCUCAGGUGGAAGAAGGCUUUAAACAUUCUGCUUCUGAAGCACAGGGUGUAACAUCCCAGACUAACCUGAGUGAUACGACUAGUGUACAGAUAUGUGGGCUUAAGGACGGAGUGCAGCAUUUACCUGAAGAAGAAAAGUAUCAAAAGUUUCAAUGUGAAAAUAAGAAAAUUAUAGAUGAGCAGUCUAAAAAUCAGUCAGACCCCUGUGUUUGGAACUUCCAAAGAGAUUUGUUUGAGUUAGAUCGUAAGUGUGCAACUGAACUGGACCUGGGCUGUCGUACUGAACAGAUGAAUGCAGAGCCUGUGAAGACAAAACCAGAGCCAACAGGACGUCAUGAGAGACAGAGUCAGGAGAGCUUUUCUUCUGACACACAGUGUGAACCACAGUCUGAGGGAGCAGUCAGGAAGGCCUCAGACCAGAGACUAUCUACUGAUGCUGAAUUUCUCAGUGUAGUGACCUCCAGCCAACGUGCUUUUCUAGCUCAAGGGAAUGAUAAAGGUCAAGACUAUAUAAAUAAGAGGACUGUAAACAUGGAGGCAGAACCGACAGGAAGUCAGGGAGUUAGACUAACUGAAGGGGAUUUUAGUAAGCCUGGUGGAGAUUUCCAAGAAGGAUCUGAAAAUGAGCAAAGCCAAGCAUAUUCCCUGGAACUUUUUAGUCCUGUUUGUCCUGAAUCAGAAAGCAGUCACAUUCACAUAAACCCUGGAAAAAGUCUUGAAAAUACAAGCUCUCAAGAACUUUUCAAUAAUGAAGAAAACCUGCCACCAAAUGAGGUACACAUUGAGUUGUGUAGCUCAGGAAUGCUGUGUUCCCAACUAAGCAACUCCCAUCAGAGUACCACUAAAAGGAACUGGUGCUCUAAAGACAAUUCCUAUCAUUCUAAAGCUCUUUCUGAAGUCCAUCAGCUGUCCAAGAAGCCAAGGAUGGACUCUGAUAUAAGAGAGGCAGCCAAAGCAGUGCCUCAGAGGAUCAUGCCUGAAUUUAAGGACAGUAAAAAAAUAUCAUUAAUAAAAAAUUGUGAUUCUAAAAAUCAGAAGUAUAAUUGCUUAGUCAUGGUGCUAACCCCAUGUCAUGUGAAGGAAAUAAAUAUAAAAUCUGGACCAAAUUCUGGUUCUAAAGUGCCAUUGGCAACGAUUGUAGUAACUGAUCAGUCAGAGAUUAAGAAGAGGGUUGUUCUGUGGAGGACUGCAGCAUUUUGGGCACUUACAGUGUUUCUUGGAGAUAUAAUUUUACUUACAGAUGUUGUUGUUUAUGAGGACCAAUGGAUUGGUGAGACAGUACUCCAAUCAACAUUUACCAGUCAGUUACUAAAUCUUGGAAGUUAUUCAUAUGUCCAGCCUGAAAAAUAUUCCAAUGUAAUUGCCAAUGUUAUACUUCAGGAUUUACUGGUGUAUGUGUCUUCAAAACAUUCCUAUCUCAAAGAUCUGCCUCAGAGGCAGCCUCAGAAAAUGAGCACUGUAGAGUUUGUGGAAUUGGAGCAGUUGCAGCCUGAUACAUUAGUCCAUGCAGUACUCAGAAUAGUGGAUGUCACUAUAUUGACAGAGGCAUUAUAUAGUUAUAGAGGACAGAAGCAAAGAAAAGUUGUGUUAACAGUGGAACAGGCUCAAGGUCAACAUUAUGUGCUCGUAUUAUGGGGUCCUGGAGCAGCCUGGUAUACUCAGCUUCAAAGGAGAAAAGAUUGUAUUUGGGAAUUUAAGUACCUUUUUGUUCAGCGGAACUGCAUACUAGAAAACUUAGAAUUACAUACAACACUGUGGUCUUCCUGUGAAUGCCUGUUUGAUGAUGAUACAAGAGCAAUUUCAUUUAAAGCAAAAUUUCAAAAAAAUACAUCCUCCUUUGUCAAGAUAUCAGACUUAGCAACUCACCUAAAGGAUAAGUAUUCAGGAGUGGUUCUGAUUAAAGCCAAGGUUUCAGAACUGGUGUUUUCUGCUGCAGCAACUCAGAAGAUAGCUUUGAAUGCUCGCAGCACUCUGAAGAGCAUCUUCUCAUCUCUUUCCAAUAUUAUGUAUGCUGGCUGUGCACACUGUGGGUCAGAACUAGAGACAGAUGAGAACAGGAUCUACAGACAGUGUCUGAGCUGCUUGCCUUUUGUUGGAAAAAAAACGUUCUAUAGGCCGGCUUUAAUGACUAUAGUUGAUGGAAGACAUAGUACUUGUAUCCAUGUUGGGUCAAAGAUGAUGGAGCAGAUUCUUCUCAACAUUUCUCCAGAUUGCCUCAACAGAGUGAUAGUGCCUUCCUCAGAGGUCACCUACGGCAUGGUUGCUGCAGACCUGCUCCACUCCUUGUUGGCAGUCAGUGCAGAACCUUGUGUGCUGAAGAUCCAGAGCCUAUUCGAGUUGGAUGAAAACAGCUACCCACUGCAACAGAAUUUCUCCUUACUAGAUUUCUGUCCUGACUCGUGUAAGAUGUGGAGCCCAGGACUUUCUCUAAGGGCAGAGGACACAGGAGGUGUUCCUGGGAAGGAGUGAUGAAACAAUCUGUCUUUUGAAGAUGCAUUUAUUUUUAUCAUAUGUAAAUGUUUUUAAGUGUUUUGCCUUUGUAUGUCUGUGUACCAUGUAUGUACCUGGUGCCCACAGAGGCCAGGAGAAGGUGCUAGAUCCCCUGGGACUAGAGUAAUAAAUGGUUGUGAGCUGCCAAGUAGAUUUUGAAAAAAUACUCUUAACUGCUGAGCCAUCCAACCCUAUGAUCUAUUUUUUGAAAUGAAAUGACAGAGAUUUUGCUUAGAGUUUUAAAAAUAAGUAAUUUAUUAGCAUAAUAUAAUUGUGCUAAAUACAUAAAUUAUAUUUUAAGAAAAUUCUGUGAAGCUCUUAUUUGCUUUUCUGUUGGUCGUUGGUUUUCUUUUUAUUCUGGAGAAAUGGUCUAUCAAUAAAGGCAGUAUAUCACA